CCCUGAUAUGUGUGGCUCCACCUUUCUUUCAGCAAUAAAAACUACGCUCUUUGCUGUCACAGCUGUCACACAACCGUCAAAUUAAUUUUUUGGUGGAUAUAAAUUUUUUGGUGGAUAUAAAUUUUUUGUGUGUUUGGUGUGUUUCGCGAUUGUUCCGAGCUGUCAAUUUGAGAAGUACAGUAAAAAAAAAAAAAAAAAAAUAUUUUCGCAGGUUGUUUUCUUAUUUCGAAAUGCAUUGUUGAUAUGAUGUCCGAAUCGAAUAUGAAGUCGUCAAUUUUGCAUAUUAUUGUGGUCGGAUUUCAUCAUAAAAAGGGGUGUCAAGUCGAAUUUUCGUAUCCACCUCUCAUAGCCGAUAAACCAGAUAAUGAAUGUCCAUCAGGAUGGAAAUACUUGCCAACAUUAGCUCUACCAGAUGGAUCACACAAUUUCUGCGACGAUUCUGUGUAUUUUAACCUGCCUAGUCUAACAAUUCCAAAUAAAAGUGUUUACGGUGUGUCUUGCUAUCGCCAGAUACCAGUUGAGAACCUCAAAGUACGACCCGCCGAUGUGACAAGAAGCACCGUUCAGAAAUCUAUCGUCAUUCUAUCGUCACAACCCAUUUACGGCUACAUCGAAGUGAAAUUGUCGCUGAUAGCCGAUGCCUAUUUCAACCUUGGUGACUUUGAAAUGCGAGACAUGCUCAAAGAUGCGUACAAUCAGUUGAAUUCGUGUUUGGAACACAAUUUGCGGCCGUCCGUUUAUGUGGGCCUUCCAAUUCGCGAUAUUGUGUUGAAGUGGCGUUACAAAUUGUUGAUCUUAUUCAAAUUGCUGUUGCUACAGAAACGGGUCAUUUUCUUCGCUUCACCGGUGCGUCCAAUGUGUUCACUAAUUAUGGUUGUGUCGUCUCUCUAUCCGGAACUGAUACAAAAAGGAUUUCAUCAAGUCGCUUGCGUUCGAACAUCCAGACCGAUAUCGCCAAUGCCUAAUUUUGAGGGAAACGAUAGCAUUGACGAUCCUGCAUCCUCAUACGAUGUUAGUACGAUAUGUGAUGAUACCGUGAACCCAGUACCAUCUGAAACCAAUACUGAGACAAAGUCCGAAACCGUCAAAGACGAUAAUCCGUUAGAUGAAGUCACAACCGAAGAAACGAAAGACGACAGCAAAAGAAACGAAAAGAAUUCGCUUCAACGGGAUGUUAGUGUAGAUGCACUUUCGAAUAAUCUCAAGGCGCUUUCAUCGAUAAAGUCAGAUCUAUGGAACGCACCAAUACCAAUAUUUAACAAUGGAAAUCUUUGCUUGCCAUAUCUCUCAUUACCUUACAUGGAUUUGUUGUCGGAUCCAUCAAUAAACAGUUUUUUAAUCGGCACAUCCAACAUCCUGUUCAAACAGAAACGACAGCUUUCCGAUGUGGUUCUCGUUGAUGUCGAAAAUUGUACAAUCGAAACGAUGGACGUGGACUUGAAACGUCAGCUAACUUUAACCACCGAAGAUCUGCGAUUCGUCGAUUAUAUUGUACGGCAUGCUCAGUCGCCCAAACAGGAUGCGGAAGGUAGUCAAGAUUGGAUCCGAGAACAAUUUGCCGGUUACAUGGUGGCUAUGGUUCGAACAUCUUUGUUACCGGAUGGCUGCAAAGAAAUCGAUCAAUUCAACGGUACGUUCAUGUCGGCAUGGUCGAAAACAGACAGUUAUCAAGAUUGGCGGGAGGGCUUGCAUGACGAUUUGAGUAUUUUCGAGAAUGUUCAAAGUGGUCAUCCAUGUUCGGGUACACUGUCAGUGGCUGAUAUGAAACUGAAAAUUGCACAAACUAUGAACAACAGCGAAAGUGGACGUAAAAUAAAUCAAGCUGUGAACACAACUAGUCGAGCUGUCGGGGGAGCACUGACCCAGGCGAAGGGAGCAAUAUCUAGUUGGUGGUCAGCAAUCACAACGCAACCAGUAUUGUACAACGAGGAUGACAGUCUCGACAAGCGGAAUCUUGACGGAAAUAACAAAACCAUUGGCGACUCAAACCUGGAUGCUCUUGAUUGCGAUGUGAUGAAUGACGAGGACAGUAAGGAGGAACAUUUCCAUGUACCAGAUAAUCAUGGCGUUGGAGUGGUUGAAAUUGGACGCGAAGCUAACUGUAUCGACAGAAAUGUAAUUUAACAGUUUCAGUGCGAUCAUCAGUGCAGUCACGGAAAACGGAAAAGGUUCGCGAGAUUCACGAGAUUCACCAAAGAUGGAGCGUAUUUACCUCAUGACAUAAUACAAAAACGGAGCACGAAUUGGUUUGUUGCUUGCUCUGCGUGUUACUUCAAACACACUUCAGUUGUAGUGUUUUGCUUCUUGUCUUGCCAUAAAAAACAUUUUGUUUACGGAUUUGAAUCGGAA